AUGCGUCGCUCCGCCCUCCCCUUCAACGCUGUCACCCUCCUCGCCCUCCUCCCCUCCUGCCCCCACUCCGCCGUCCCCCCCCUCCACGCCUGCGCCCUCCGCGUCUCCCUCGCCGGCAAGCCCUCCGUCGCCAAUUGCCUUCUCUCCGCCUACGCUCGGGCCGGUGCCGUCGACGCCGCCCGCCAGGUGUUCGACGAGAUGCCCAACCCAAAACAGGUCAUUUCGUGGAACGCCAUGAUAUCUGGCUACGCCCAGAACGGCCUCGCCCCUCGCGUCCUAGACCUCUACCGGGAGAUGGAGCAGUCUGGCGAAGUCGAGCCGGACCCUGUCACACUUGUAGGUGUGCUAGCCUCCUGCGCCCAGCUCGGAGCCCACUCCGUUGGCCGGAGAAUCGAGCAUUAUAUAGCUCAAAAUCCUGCCUACGGUUCCAAUAUCUAUCUAAAGAACGCACUAAUAAACCUGCAUGCUAGAUGUGGUGAUUUAGGACGAGCACAAGAUAUCUUUGACAUGAUGCAGGAAAGAAGCAUUGUUUCAUGGACUGCAAUGAUUGCUGGCUAUGGAAUGCAUGGGCAUGGAGCGGCAGCGUUGCAGCUCUUUGAAAGGAUGAGAGCCGAUGGAAUCCGACCUGAUGGAGUUGUAAUGGUGAGUGUACUGUCUGCUUGUAGCCAUGCCGGGAUGACCGACAAGGGAUUGGAGUACUUCUCCAAAGUUGAGAGGGUCUUUGGGCUCAUUCCCGGGCCGGAGCACUACGCAUGCAUGGUCGACCUGCUUGGCCGUGCUGGCCGGCUCAAGGAAGCAUCGGACCUCAUUAAGUCAAUGGCGGUGGAGCCUGACGGUGCCGUCUGGGGUGCACUCUUGGGAGCCUGCAAGAUUCAUAAGAAUGUUGAGUUAGGGGAAUUGGCUUUCGAGCAUGUCAUCAAGCUCGAGCCGAUGAAUGUAGGGUAUUAUGUUUUGUUAUCAAACAUAUAUUCAGAUGCUGGGAGGUUAGAUGGUGUUGCGAGAAUUCGAGCAAUGAUGAGACAGAGAGGACUGAGGAAGGAUGCUGGGUGCAGUUAUAUGGAACUUGAGGGGAGUGUUCAUUUGUUCAUGGCUGAUGACCAUUCACACCCGCAGGCAAGGAGAAUUUAUGAGAUGGUAGUUAAACUGGAGGCUUUGGUGAAGGAGGCUUGUGGAGAAGAGGAGAACAAGAAAGAUGAAUUGAGGAAUGAGAAGGGAAAGAUUCUGCCACAAACUGGUUUUCAUAGCGAGAAGUUGGCUGCUGCUUUUGGGCUUCUGAAUACUGAAGCAGGAAGAGAGAUUGUGGUGAUCAAGAACUUGAGGGUAUGUGAGGAUUGCCAUUUGUUCAUGAAGGUGGUCUCUGAUAUAGUUAAUCGGAAGUUUGUUGUGAGGGAUGCGAGCCGGUUUCAUCAUUUUGAAGGUGGAGUUUGUUCUUGUAAAGAUUAUUGGUGA